AUGUCAGCGUGCAGGAGGCUGCUUCACCUGGUGAAGCACAGGAGCCUGCUGACGCAUGUUCGGAAACGUCUCACGACAUGGUCACCUGUUGGAGCUGCUUUCAAUGCUAGACCUCACAGGAAACUGGACCUGUUUGAGAAAAAUGUGGGUUUGUUUGGAGUGCCGGAGCUGAGCUGUCCUGCAGGCUUUCAGGUAGCCACAGAGAACGCUCUGAAGAACACGGAGCGUCUGGUGGAGAAAGCUUGUUCUUGGUCUCCGGGGGUUCAGACAGUCCAGUGCUUUGACCAGCUCUCAGAUGAGCUGUGUAAAGUGGCCGAUCUGGCAGACUUUAUAAAAGUAGCUCACCCUGAUCCAUCUUUCCGGGAGGCUGCAGAGAAGACCUGCAUCGAGAUCGGCACAGUGGUGGAGAAACUGAACACUAAUGUUGAGUUAUGCAAGAGCCUGAAAAAUUUGCUGGACAACCCAGACAUCGUGGCUCAACUGGAUCCUGAUACAAAGCGAGUGGCAGAGCUGUUCAUGUUUGACUUUGAAAUCAGUGGAAUUCAUCUAGAUGACAAACUGAGGAAAGAGGCUGUUGGUCUUCACGUGAAGUUGCUGGAUCUAAACAACGAGUUCCUGGUCGGCUCUCACAUGCCAAACAGAAUCGCCAAGUCUGCCAUUCCUGAGCACCUGCAUCUGCACUUUGCAGCUGAAGGAAGCUUCAUUCAAAUCGGGGCAAUGCAUGCAGAUUCCCCCAGUGACUUGGUGCGAGAAAUUGCCUACAGGGUUUACCUCUAUCCCAAUGCGGAGCUGAUGGGGUGUCUGGAAGAGCUGCUGAAAUGCAGAUAUAAACUGGCCACGCUGGUGGGCUACGAGUCCUACGGACACAGAGCCCUAAAGGGAACAAUGGCCAAAACACCAGAGACGGUGAUGAGCUUUCUUCAGCUGUUAACAGACAAGCUGUCAGACAGAACAGCAAAAGACUUUAAGAUGAUGAGAGACAUGAAGAAGAAACUCAGCCCUCAGAAUUCUGAGCUCAUGCCCUGGGAUCAUCCAUACCUCAGCGGUGUCUUGCGUGCUGAAAGGUACAACAUAGAGCCAAGUCUGUACAGUCCCUACUUGUCUCUUGGUUCCUGUAUGGAGGGUUUGAACAAUCUCUUCUGUCAGCUGUACGGUGUCUCCCUGAUGUCUGAACAUCCCAGAGCCGGAGAAGUGUGGAGCAAGGACGUCCGCAAACUGGCUGUGGUACAUGAGACAGAGGGAUUACUGGGUUAUAUCUACUGUGACUUUUUCCACCGGCAAGAUAAACCUCAUCAGGACUGUCACUUCACCAUCCGCGGUGGCCGCCAGUGCCAGGAAACGGGUCAGUACCAGUUACCAGUCGUGGUGCUGAUGCUGAGUCUGCCUGAGCCUACAAAGGGCGCCCCCACCUUGCUCACUCCUGGCAUGAUGGAGAACCUCUUCCAUGAGAUGGGCCACGCUAUGCACUCCAUGCUGGGACGCACUCGCUACCAGCACGUGACAGGAACCAGAUGUGCAACUGAUUUUGCUGAAGUCCCCUCCAUCCUCAUGGAAUAUUUUGCCACUGACUAUCGAGUGAUCAGCCAGUUUGCACGCCAUUAUGAAACUGGACAGCCUCUGCCCGAGAGUAUGGUGGCUCGCUUGUGUGAGUCCAAAAAGGUGUGUGGAGCUGCAGACACCCAGCUGCAGAUUUUCUAUGCAGUCUUGGACCAGAUCUACCACAGCAAACCACAGAACCGCUCAACCACAGAAAUCCUGAAGGACAUGCAGCAGAAAUUCUACGGCUUACCUUAUACGCCCAAUACGGCAUGGCAGCUGAGAUUCAGUCACCUGAUUGGUUAUGGGGCCAAGUACUACUCCUACCUCAUGUCUCGGGCGGUGGCCUCGAUGGUGUGGAAACAAUGCUUCGUUGCAGAUCCUUUAAACAGGGAAAUGGGUGAGCGGUAUCGACGGGAGAUGUUGGCCCAUGGAGGAGCUAAGGAGCCCAUGCUUAUGGUGGAGGGCAUGCUGCAGAGACGGCCCACCGUUGAGGAAUUUGUGGACGCGCUCGUGUCUGAGCUAAACCCACACUUUGAGACUUUCAUCAUGGACUCUGAAAGUUGAAAGGUGGUCCUGGCUGCAAGGAAACCGACUUUAUGAGGCAAAGAGUGAGAGGACGCAGACGUCAGACAUGUCAUCACAGUUCACGCUCAUUGUUUCUUAGCGUCCUCACUUUGUCUGCAAAUGAAUUUUCAAUAUUAUUUAUACUAUAUUUGUCAUGUUCUCCUGCUGCACUCAGUUAAUGUGGUGAGAGUUAAAGAGUUGCUGCUGACCUUGAAAACUGUUGUGAAAGCAUUUUUUUCCCUCACUUGCUCUAGACUCCCUUUCAGAAGACUGAACAGUAACUUGUGCUGAGCCACAGUAUAAUUUAUAUCAUGAAAAGCUUUUACAUUUCCUUAGCAAACUUUUUAAAAAAUGAAAAACAAAAUGUAAUUGAUACCCCUCAUACAACAUUGUUUUCUGCUUGUGUAACAGCAGAACAUUGUUUUUUUCCUGAUCAAAUCAGCAUGAGGAAGAAUACUUAAUCUGUUCUUCCUGUCAUGUGGUCAUU